AUGGCAACAUCAAUAUCAAACCCUCAAAACCCAUUAAACAAUCUGGCACUUUUGAUCUUCUUCUUAAUUCUCCUCCUUAUUGGUGAUCAUCAUCACUCCAUGGAUAUCAAUCCACCACCUGAUCAUGAUUCUUCCGUUGCUUCAUUGUCGCAGAAGAAGAUGAGUUUACAUCGAAAAACCGCGGGGCGGAUUACUUCGUCGAAUCGAAGAGUGUUUGAGGUUGGAGCUCAUGAGGUUCCAAGUGGACCAAAUCCAAUUUCAAACUAG